AUGUCUCGAGGCGAGCCUAUAGAUUCCACCGCCCACCCUUCUCAUAGCCGCAAAAAUAUGGGUGAGCCGUCAAAAGGUAAAAAGCGAUCUGCCACUGAAGCUUUUCGCUCAAACCAAGGCACAUUUAAACAGUCUCUUGAGGCCCACAGGUCUGGCAUAUCUCGACGGAACCAGCCUCAAGCUAAAACCGUAAACUUCCCCGAAAAGCGAAUCCAGGAUGAUGGAGAAGAGGAGCCAGCCGGCACCUUCCCCAGCACCAACUCCCAUCGUAGAACCCCACCAGGGAGGAACGCAAACCUCAAACAGCGAGCUCAGGAUUUGCUGCUUACACGACAGAAACUUCCGAUUUACGCACACGCAGACCAAAUAAGACAGAGCCUUCGACAGCACGGUGUUCUUUUACUCGUGGGAGAGACUGGCUCGGGGAAAUCCACACAAAUCCCUCAAUUUCUUAUCAAUGAGUCCUGGUGUCAGAGGACGAAGCUGAAAUCCGGUGGCAGCGUCGGAGGAUGUAUCGCCAUCACACAACCGCGAAGGGUCGCUGCAAUUUCACUCGCGAGACGAGUGGCAGAGGAGAUGGGUACGCCGUUGGGGAACUCCAGCCCGGCAUCGCUUGUGGGUUACUCGGUGCGCUUUGAGAAUAGCACAGGCCCUUCGACGAGGAUCAAAUUCAUGACAGAAGGAAUGUUACUACAGGAGAUGCUGCGAGAUCCUUGGUUGAAGGAGUAUUCGGUGGUAGUCGUUGAUGAAGUCCAUGAGCGAGGUGUGAAUGUCGAUCUGGUGCUUGGAUUUCUACGACGAUUACAGGAUCGACGGAGUGGUGACGACGGCAGGGGUGGUAUUGGAGUGAAGGUCGUCGUGAUGAGUGCCACAGCCGACAUGGAGAAGAUCAAAGACUUUUUCAACAGCCCGAAACAAAAUUCCAACGACAAUAGUAAUAUCACGGACGGCGCUAGGCCAGGAAAAAAUGAGGAAGAAUGGUCCGGCUUCGAAGACGAUGAUGAUCUCCUCGGCGUGCAGAAUGUCACCCCUCAGUCCCCCAAUGAUUCGACCUCAAGCACGAAUGGCACAGAUGAUGCUGAAGCGACAGCGCUCUUCAUCAAAGGCCGUCAGUUCCCCGUCACCAUAAAUUAUACACCAAGUCCCGUCUCAGAUCUUUUGGAUGCAGCGUACCAAAAAAUAAUGCACAUCCAUUCGCACUCGCCUCUUCCUGGUGACAUUCUGGUCUUCCUUACCGGACAGGAAACGGUCGAGUCACUGCUUCAUCUCGUUCAAUCCUGGUCAGCCACCAUCGCAAAGGACAUGCAACUAUCAAAAACACUGCCCAAACUGCUUAUCCUACCGCUCUAUGCAGCACUCCCAUCAGAUCUGCAACAACGCGUUUUCCAACCGACCCCUAAAUUCACACGGAAAAUUAUCCUCGCGACUAACAUCGCCGAGACCUCCAUUACCGUGCCAGGGAUCCGGCAUGUUAUCGACACGGGGAAGGCGAAACAACGCCUGUUCCGACCAGCUCUCAACCUGGACUCACUACUCACCGUGGCUAUCAGCCGCAGCUCCGCCAACCAGCGAUCUGGCCGCGCGGGACGUGAUGCCCCCGGUACAGCCCACAGACUAUACCCGGAGAAGGAGUUCUACAAGCUGGCGCAGGACACUGAGCCUGAGAUCCUGCGGUGCGAUCUGAGCCAAUUAGUACUGACGCUGAAAGCACACGGGAUCUCCGAGCUGCACACCUUCCCGCUGUUGACCGCACCGCCUCGUCGUGCUUUGGAGAGAGCACUAGUCCAUCUUCUUCAACUCUCGGCUUUGGACCGUACAAAUGGCCAGAUCACACCGCUAGGGCGGGAAAUGAGCAUUCUUCCACUCCCUGCGAGCCUGGCCCGCGUGCUCCUUGCCAGCGUUGAACCAGAACACAACUGCAUCGAGGAAAUCAUCGACAUUGUCUCGGCGCUCAGCGUGGAGAACGUCUUCCUGAACAUCCAGCACAGCUUUUCCUCCUCUCACAACGCCUCAACCACGUCAUCAGAUCCUCUAAGCAUUACCACAAGAUUACCCCAGCGAGGAAACCAAGCAGACAGGAACGAGGAAGUUGGCACCAACAACAAUAACACCCGGGAAUCCCUCGCGCAGGCUCUGCGCCGGGACUUGUUCCGGCGCGAAGGCGACCACCUGACCCUGCUCGCGGCCAUGCAGGCGUAUGCGUCGGAGACGACAGACCGCAAGCGGUGGUGCGAGGCACGCUUCAUCAGCCACCGGGCGAUGCGUGGCGCGAUGGAUGUCCGCAAGCAAUUGACGGCGCUGAUGGCACGAUACGCCAGCGGGCAGAAAGCGAUCCAGAAGAAAGACCAGCGGCAGCAGCGGCAGCAGAAAAAGAAAACCCUCCCCACCCCAGAGGAGAACGAGAACGAGACAGACACUGAUCCGCCAGCGCUACCAUCACAACCACCGACAUCCGACCCAACAACCCUUCCCACGCGCAUACUGCACUGCCUGCUAACAGGCUUCCACCCAAACGUGGCCCGGCUGUCUAGCGACGGGAGCUACCGCACACUGCUCACGAAUCAGCCCGUGGCGAUCCACCCGAGCAGCGUAUUGUUUUCCGUGCCUGAUGGUGGCCGCGGCGGAGGAUCCAAGAAAUUCGAAGCCGUCGUCUACAACGAGUUCGUGUACACGGGCACCAAAGCGUACGCGCGCGGCGUCAGUGCGGUCGAGAUGCGGUGGGUAGCGGACGUGGUGAAGAAGGCCGGAAUGGUGUAG